AUGAAGGGUUCCAGUAUCAAUAGACCUCAAGUACCGUUACUAUCGCCCAUCGAAUAUGACAUCGAAGACGAUUGUCAAAAUAAUGCGUCUUCAGGAGAGGGGGGAUUUAAUCCUGUCUGCGAUAAGAGCUCUGAAGACAUGUUACAAAGACAGAAACAAGACGUGUUAAGUUCAUCAAAAAUAUUUAUCCCGUUAAACACUCCACGUUGCAGCCUCGGUUCUUCUGCAUCUACAGACCAUCUUGGUUUUGAAAGUCAAUUACUGGAAGUGGCUAUUCGUACAAACGAUGUUUCAAAAGUUAAACACUUCUUAAUGAUACAUCGAGAUAAAUUUCAGAUAAAUUCAAAACCACCAGAAAAGAAUUUUAAUUUUAACUUACAAAACCAGGACAUAAGUAUAAAUUCACAACCGACCAAAAUUCAAACAGUCAGAUCUGAUCAAAAUGAUUCGUCACGCAGUUCUUUGUCGUUAGACGAUCAAACAUUGUUACCGUUCAAAAACGCAUUGCACACGGCUAUUGACUAUGGGUCGUUGGAUGUGGUGCGAACGUUGCUCGAGAAUGGAAUAGAUCCUAAUGCCGGUGGCCACGUAUUGACUGAUUUAGACGUGCUCCGACGUUCUCCGUCUGGCUCGUCCGGACCAAGCGAACGAUGUAACAUUAAGCCAGCCUCGAUUCAAUGUGAAAUCGACGAGGAAACUGGAUUCGAUAUACACGAUAUUUAUCAUUACGAUACAGAAAUCAGAUCGGUGGUCGAUGACGUGCGGCCAGACGAAGACGUAGCGAUCGCGGUCGGGCCGGCUACGUCAGUGGCGUCGUCGCCGUCACCGAAUCCGGUAACCGCACCGGCGCUGUCACCGUCGCCAAAGCCGGCGGCGACGGCAAUGGUGGUGGCGGUUGCCGAGCGUAGCACCAACCGGUCGGUGCUGAUGCGACAACGUUCGCUGUCGCUGGACAACGAUAAACCGACGAAGAAGAACCGGCCAUUGCUGCAAAAGCUCCGGGCCGGCUGCAGCAAGCUGGUCCGAUCCACACCAUCGGACAUGUGUGGCUGCGAACCCGAACAACCGCAACAGGCGCGGCCGGCGACCAGCCACGCGGCCGGCAUCACGGGCAUCGCGUGUCUGGCGGGCGGUUACGCCGCGGCCGGAUUCGCACCGAAGGGUCCGGCGGGCGCGUCCGGUUUUGCGGCAGCCCCGCCCGUCGAGUUCAAGGGCAUCAUGAGCGAGCUGCGCCGGAGCAGUGACGUGGUCCGUGCCAUACUCUGGAACCUGUCGUUCCGGGACACCUACAGUAGCGGCAACGUUAGCGACAUGGACAGCAGCACCGAACUGGACGUGGACACGCUGUUCGACCGACACGAGCAACGCCGGUACGCGGACUACGAGUUGGAGAACGGUGGCCGCCUGCUUCUGCUCGAUUCGCUGUCGUCACUUCAGUCGUUCCAGUCGCUGUCGUCCACUGGAUCCCCGACGGUACCGGCCGCGAUGUCCGGUGGCUCGGUGGCCUCGGUGACGAUGGCCGCCGAUUGCCCGGCCACCGUGCCUGUGGUCGUUUUCGAUCACGCACCGGUCACCGUGUGUCAAGUGAAGCCGUUGCAGUCUUCGCGACCUUCGCCGCAAUCACAGCCAUUGAUAAUGCCGUCGACGACACCGCCACCGUCGACGUCUCCGCCACCAAUAAUAUUGCCGGACACCGUGUCACAGCCUAGCGCUGACACAGACGAUAUCCAAACGGUCGUCCCGAAAAUAAUCUUCAAGAUCAAGAGUUCGCUAUCGCUGGACCGCAUGAACGAAAUGGCUGACAUGUACACCAAGCAGUACUUGAUGACUCUACCGCCGCUGUUCUUGGCUGUGGUCCGCCAAAAUCCCACCAUGAUUUAUUUACUACUCAAGUUCGGCGGAUCUCCAAAUGUCCAGGAUAUAUAUGGAAAUACACCACUUCAUUUAGCCAUUGUACAACCAGAGAUAUCAUGGAAUUGCGUGUUGGAUCUUCUUGAGUUUGGUGCAAAAAUUUGCAUUAAAAAUGCUACAGAUAUUUGCCCCUCAGAUAUAGUGGACUCAUUAUUGCGUAUACAAGUCCAUAUGAUUAAUGACUGCUGGAAGAUUUUGUCUGGAUCAACAGCUGUUAUUAAAGAACGAAUGUGGCACCACAAUUUUAUCAACUAUGAUCAAGUAGGUAAACCAUCAGAUUUACCAACAUUGCCUUCAAGAUUAUUUCGGAGGAUGAAAUUUACACAAACCGAUAGCGCAGAAGAACGUCACAGUAGCAAUUUAGAUGAUUUUUUUGGGUCGAUUUGGUCACUCAAAAGCAAAGUCAGCAACAAAACUCUGGAAACGGAUGAAGUGCGUAAUCAUGCUUUAUCACAAAGUAUCAAAACAAAAAACGAAAAGAGAACUAUUAUCAAUGAUUACGAAAGAAAGUUUCAAGUGAUUUCCCAUCUUUCUGGCAACGUAGAAUGCUUGGGUUUCAUUUUGCACGGUCUGAACAAUUACAUUGUGCAUAUAUUGAAAUAUUUAGAAGCCAAUCAUGAUCUGUCACUUCGUCAUAUAUGCACUCUUUUGAAGACAAUUUUGAACGUUGCGGUUAUGGAAUUUGGAGAGCAAGGGAAAAAGGAAGAAUUGAGUGUGAUCCUUUGUUCAGUAAUGAAAGUGUGUUUAAGUGCACUGCAAGGGAUUCACCAUGUCCAGUUUACAGCAAUGGCGAUAAUCAAUAGAGUUAUCGAUAUUUCCGUACAAUACAACGUGUCUUUUAUUAAAGCUGCUGAAUCUGAUUAUUUACACCAUCCACACUACGUAUCAGAAAUGAAUAAGUAUAAAUCGAGUAAAGACGAUUCGAGUAUUGGUGAUGAUAGAACUAAACCGGGUGGUCCCAAUAAGAAAUUCACAUCUAUGUGGCGUUAUUUCAUCGGAGAUCAGGCAUUCAACAACAAAACUGGAAAUUCUAAAACGAAUAAGAAUACCAGCGAAAGCGUGAUUGGAAUUUUAUCCAAUGUGCACGUCUUAUCGAUUAUCAACGUAUUGCACAAUUCUCUAACUCUAUACAAAAGAGUGAUCGGGAGUAAACGUUUGUGUCCACCAAGCCAUAGAUCCAGUCAAUGCAGUUAUCAUUGCUUGCAGAUAUUGAGUGCUCGAACAUUGCUAUUCAUGUCACUAAAUGAUGAUGUAAAAAGUGAGCUCGUGAAAGAACCACAACUGAAAAUAUUGGCUGCCUCGUUGGAAUCUACCAACGAUCCGCAAUUGCUCGUAUUGGUAUUGCAAAUUGUAGCAUCUAUUGCAUUGAACACCAAACAUCACCGAGAGCUAAUAGAUCGUGAAAUUCCAAACGUUUUGAAUCAAUUGCUACUGCCAUCUGAUGAAUGGUAUUAUACGAACCAUAGUGACAAAUACGGCCGCUACGUGAAACAUCAUGCGGCUAAGGUAUUGGUUUACUUGGGAUUUUCAUACAGAAUCAAUAUUUCAAUUUUUGACAUGUAUCAAGAUAUACAACCAAAUCCGCCAAUAACGAAAACAAAUGAAGACAACUACAUUUCUGUGACGUCCUUAUCUCCUAGUUUUGUAUUGAACUCAGAUCAAUCUAAGUUAUUGGGUGUAUCAAUAGAAACUGCAAUUAUCAACGUGUUGAAAGAGAUUGAGCAAUCAUUGAGUCAGUCUGCUACUCCAUCUGAAGUUUUCACUUUGCAUUGGGCACUGAAUGGAAAAUCGUAUAGUCUCCUACAAAAUAAUGAUCAACGGACGACUGAAAAGAAGUAUCCAACAGAUGUACGUUCAUCAUUGUUUGUGCAGACUUUCGUGGCAUGUGCCGCCAGUACCGUGGACCCCGUGAUCUUGGUCCGGUUGCUCGCCAAUCGCCUGGUGACUACGCCACUUUACCCUCGAAAUAGCUCAAGCAUAACAUCGAUGUCAGGACAAGAUCCUUUCCCGCCAAGGACUACGAGAAGUCGAGCCUCGUCCACGGAUACGAAUGCCAGCACCCGAAGGAAACGGUUCAAUUUAAGUCUAGAUACUACAAAGUGUUAUGGAUAUGAUCCAGUUGAUGGAAUCUCUUCAAAAGGAAAAUCAAAAUCGGUAGGCAUGCAUACUCGCCGCCGUCGAAGCAGUACCAGCAGUGCAGGUGGUUUUGGUAUUGAACCAGCGCUACAAGCAACUUUCAAUGCGUUUUCAAAUAUAAUCAAACAUGACAUAUUUAAAGAUAACACAAUGAGCCCAGACAUAGACACAGAUGAAUAUAGAAAUUCUAGCGUUUCACUGACUUCGACAAAAGCACUACCCGGAGUACUCAACUUUCAAUUUCCUCCGAGAAAUCGCCCAUCUUUAAGAUCAGCCAAUAUUCGUAAUAUCACCAAUGAACGAUCUAAAUCACAAGCAAACAUAACAAAGGUAAGAGGAGACUCUUACCAACAGACACCAGAACAAGAAAUUUUAGCCUUUCAAAAACAAUUGCAAAAUUUACCUGAUUUGGAUUCUCCAAGUCAUGUAUUUUCAAGACGUUUGCCAUUAGAUUCUACAUUUGCAACAGCUACUGCAGAAUUCGUACCAAUUACAAGACCAAGAUCUAGAUCUAUGCCUCGUGUUGCUUACGAAUCAAACCGCUAUUUGACAUUGCCAGAUUCAUUUCCAUUCACUUGUCGUUUACCAAGAGGUCGUUCAGCUGGAACUUUGGGAUUUCAGACCGAGUACCAUGGACCAUGUGGCCCAAUGGUCAUAUCCAACCAAGCAUCGUCGGUGUAUAACAGCUAUCCGGUAAACGGUAAUGACACAAGUAAUAAUGCUGCGUUUAGUGGCAGCAUUGCAGGAGGUGUAAGUGGCACUGGCGCCUUAUCGUCAGGGUCAGGUAACACAUAUAACAGUAGAAGAAGCUCGUACUCUCCCAGUGACAGAUCUAGAGGACGAGAUAGCAUAGCAUUUACACACGGUGGCGAAACACAAAUUGCAAUUACGCCUUGGCACAGGAGCAUACUCAUUUUGUUCGAGACUUGGUUACGAACUUCAAAAACUGAACUAAAUGAUCAACAUGCAUUGUGUGUGGAAAUGAGAGAAUUUAUGCGUAUUGUUAAUCAUAUUGGGGGAGAAUAUUCGCAAUGGUAUAUUGAGAUGGUUACUGAAUUCAAAGAACUUUCUAUUGAAAUUGAAUUUAAAGAUGGAGACGCAGCUAUGGAAACAAAUAAGGAAUACUCAAAGUUGCAGAGCGCUGUAAUCGCGGGCACGUUGCAGUGCAGCAGCGACGAGGCGAUUGGGCUGGCCGGUUUGCAGUUCCGCAUCGAGAAAAUACGGCGGUGGACCGUGCACCACGCUGCAGCCGAUAUCCGAGGACAAGGAGCACCACUGGCCGCUGGACGUGCCAGCCGUGGUGACGCCGUCACCGGUGCUCCAGCCGCAGUUUAA